AUGAAGAUAGAGGGACUGGCGAAAGGCCGUGGUGGACAUGAAGUUGGGAUUACUAGUAGUAGACGACAGAUACUGGAUGUGGAUGUGGAUGAGGACAAUGGUACUAACAAUAUAUCUAGAAUGGCUCCAAAGAUGCAACAGACUAAGGCUGCGAAAGCAGCCGCCGCUUUAGCUGGUGGUAAGAAAGGUAAGAAGAAGUGGAAUAAGGGUAAGGUUAAGGAUAAGGCUCAACACGUUGUUCUCUUAGACCAAGACAAAUACGACAGAAUUAUGAAGGAUGUCCCAACCUACAAGUACGUUUCUGUCUCCGUUUUAGUUGAUAGAUUAAAGAUUGGUGGUUCUGUUGCUAGAGUUGCUUUAAGACAAUUAGAAAGAGAUGGUAUCAUCACUCCAGUCGUCAAACACUCUAAACAAGCUAUCUACACUCGUGCUGAAUAA